AGAAGUUCAUUCAUAAACUGAACCUCGAAUGUGUUUGAGUAGUGAAAUAUAGUUAUAUACAAAUAGUAGUCUUACGGACAGUGAUCUAAUAGUGUUUACAUAACUUCUAUGAAAACACGUGUCCACCAGUAAACAUUGGAAAUGAUUAUGGACGGUUUAGACACUCUAUCGCAAGUUGCAUUGGAUCAGAUUAACCUGACCAACUUGGCUAAUCUGUGUUUUGACUGUAAUUCUGUACCAGGAGGGGGCCGCUUGCCCUCGGAGUCCAUCGAUGACUCUUUAAACACACCUGUGACUAGUAAUUCGGAUACAUUCUUUGGAAAUGAUCCACUAGGGCCUGUGCCCAUUACUGCCACGGCAAACAUCGAAGCUCAGAUCACCAUCCCCGAGCGAAAUCUCGGUGCAGUUCCAAGCACUCUUCAACAAACUCAGCCUUCCUUAGACCAAGCUAGUCAACAGGGCAUCACUCACCGCAUCCAGUACAAAGGCACCCUUGUCACAUCAUCAGUGACCCCCUCAACAACUACAGCGGACCAGCUUUUUCCUGGCACCGGUGGGCAGCCCAUUUUUGCUCCACUGUCCCCUUUACUGAGCAUCCUCCAACAAGCAACACAGGUUCAGGCACAAGUUGCCACAUCUGUGCCUCAAUGUCACAAUGUUCCAGACUAUUCCUACCAGUGCCAUCAACAGCAACAGUCAUGCUUCAGCCCUGCUCCAUCCACAACAUCUCAGCACUCACAGCACUCACAUACAGGCUCCCCACAGCCUGAGAUGGGAAUCCCAGAUUGCGAUGCUUACUCCACUGGGUUUGGGUCCCCCGGACCUUUGACUCCAAGCUCUACUCAAUCAACUCCAGAACCUCAGAUUCCAGUGUGCGAGCCAUUGUCAUUGGAUUACACUAGUCCACCUCCCCCUUACUCUCGCGCCUUUGAAACUCAAGUAAAACAGCCUCCAGUAUUCAGUUCAUGUUCUCAGCAGCAGCCUAUGAUCAGUGAACAACAGCCUAUGAACAUUAGUUAUCCAGUGUCAUCAAGUAUGUCAAUGACACCACAAACUGUCCUUCAUUUUACAGACGACAUGCGCGUCAGUGACAUGAACACACAUCAAAACACAGAAUUCAAAUGGACAGUGCAACCAGCCCCAGCUGGUUUACCAGACUUUAACGCUCUUAAUGUUACACAACAAAGCUACCAACAGCCUCAGUAUCAAGUUCCAAGCAUAAAACAGGAACCAGGCAUUAGUGACUUACCAAAUGACUUUUUAAUUCCAUCGUCUCAAGCCGACUUCGGCAUGUCAUCUCAGAGUACCCCAUCGAAACAUUCGUUGCCUUCAUCAAUUAUUCAACCCUACCAACAGGGUCAACUCAAACUUAUGCCAGUAAAGCCUAGAAAGUACCCUAAUCGCCCAAGCAAAACUCCACUUCACGAGCGACCAUACGCAUGCCCAGUGGAAAGUUGCGAUCGUCGAUUCUCCAGAAGCGAUGAACUCACACGACAUAUUCGCAUUCACACUGGACAGAAACCUUUUCAAUGUCGCAUUUGCAUGCGUCAGUUCAGUCGAAGUGACCAUCUAACAACUCACGUGCGAACACACACAGGCGAGAAACCUUUCUCUUGUGACGUUUGUGGAAGAAAAUUUGCCCGAAGUGACGAAAAGAAAAGACACGCAAAAGUGCAUUUGAAACAGAAGAUAAAGAAAGAGGCAAAAAUGUUGGCUUCAAAUGCUCCACUUCCCCCGGCUACCUCUACAAGCGACAUGGUCACAAACAUUCUCCAAGGAAGUGUUAGCGGGCCUAGCACAACCUCAAUCCCUCAUAUAGUUACAACAUCCUCUUUAUAAAAAGACGGUAAAACAUAAAGACAGCUCAAAAAUUCAUUUCACUCUGUCAUCAGGGACUCCGGUGAUUAUAAUUACUGUAAGUAGAAAUGACGUAAGGUUGUCCAUGUUUGAGCGGGAAAUGAAGACGAGGUAAUUCGUUUUUAACGGCUCAGAAAAUGGAAGGGCUAUAUACUGUUAUGUACAGACAAAGCUUUAUUAUAGUCAUUUAUUGUGUUGCCAAGUGUCAUUUUUUUUUUCAUUUUACAUAGUUGAUAAAUGUUGUUCCUGUUGUUUGUUAUUAUUGGCAGCAUAUCAAUAGUGCUUAUGUUGAAACGUCGUUAUAUUUGUUAAGUUUUCUUCCCCAAACAAAUUACACUUCAGUAGAUCUGAGCCUUUUAAUAGCUUUAUAAAUGGCAUUUUAUUCAUAUAUUUUGUUUAUUUUUCCUCAAAAAUUUAUGUGUAAAUUUUAUACAAUAUUACCAAACUCAUACUUUGUUCAUACCACCUCCUAUAUUUAAUAUAGUCAUGUGCAGUUGAGGCUUUAAAAAUUCUUUAGCAAUUUUUUGUGUGUACCAAGUUCUGUUACGUUGUGAUAAAUAUGUGAUUCUGUGAGACUGCGAGAGAGACAG